CGGCGGUCGACAGCGAAUGUCUGUCCGCACCGCCCCCGCACUCGGCGCAGCCGGAACCUGGGAGCGCGCCCAAUGUCAGGCGGGGCGGUGAGCCGUGCCCAUCUGCCAAACACUCCCCUCCUCUUUGCCGUCCGUCACCAUCGCCUCCCCGUCCCCGUUCCCGUCCCCAUCCCACCAACUCCCCACCCAUCGCCGCAGAGCACAGCACAAUCACAGGAACGCCGCCGCUCCGCCCGACCACCCGCUCGCCCGCCCUAUAUAAGCAGCUCCACCCCCCACUCGCCCACCAGCUGCUCUCCACCAAGAGCUGCUACUACCACCCAACCAUCCCGUCGGCUUUGCCGCGCCGCCGACGCCGCCGCAGAUCUGAUCCACCACACCGCCGUCCGUCCACCCCUCUUCCACGAUGGCGAUCACGGUGAGGCGGUCCACGAUGGUGCGGCCGGCGGUGGAGAGGCCGCGGGAGAGGCUCUGGAACUCCAACCUCGACCUCGUCGUGCCGCGCUUCCACACGCCCAGCGUCUACUUCUACCGCCGCCCCGAGGCGGGCGCGGACGGCUUCUUCGACGCCGACCGGAUGCGCCUCGCGCUGGCCGACGCGCUCGUGCCCUUCUACCCCAUGGCCGGCCGCCUCGCGCGCGACGAGGACGGCAGGGUCGAGAUCGACUGCAGCGGGGAGGGGGUGCUCUUCGUCGAGGCCGACGCGCCAGGCGCCGCCGUCGACGACUACGGGGACUUCGCGCCCACCAUGGACCUCAAGCGCCUCAUCCCGCCCGUCGACUACACCGACGACAUAUCCUCCUUCCCGCUCCUGGUGCUUCAGGUGACCUACUUCAAGUGUGGUGGCAUCUCCCUUGGUGUCGGAAUGCAACACCAUGUUGCUGAUGGCAUGUCUGGCUUGCAUUUCAUCAACUCGUGGUCUGACCUCUGCCGUGGAGCUAAAAUUGCUGUCACGCCCUUCAUCGACCGCACUCUCGUCCGUGCUCGUGAUCCACCGACUCCAUCUUACCCACAUAUUGAGUAUCAGCCUGCCCCAGCCAUGCUGUCGUCCGUGCCUCAGGCUCUAGGUGGCAAGCCAACGCCGCCUCCCACUGCUGUGGACAUCUUCAAGCUCACCCGCUCAGAGCUUGGCCGCCUACGUUCUCAGCUGCCCACAAGUGAAGGCGCUCCACGGUUCAGCACGUAUGCUGUUCUAGCUGCACACGUCUGGCGCUGCGUCUCCCUUGCGCGCAACCUGUCUCCUGAACAACCCACCAAGCUGUAUUGUGCCACCGAUGGGCGACAACGGCUGCAGCCCCCGCUGCCAGAGGGUUACUUUGGGAAUGUCAUCUUCACCGCCACCCCGCUCGCUGAGGCAGGCAAGGUUACGAGCGGGCUGGCAGAAGGAGCAGCGGUCAUCCAGGGAGCGCUAGACAGGAUGACCAGCGACUACUGCCAAUCAGCCCUGGACUACCUGGAGAUGCAGCCGGACCUGUCAGCAUUGGUCCGUGGAGCGCACACUUUCCGGUGCCCCAACCUCGGCCUCACCAGCUGGGUGCGCCUGCCGAUCCAUGAUGCCGAUUUCGGCUGGGGUCGGCCGGUGUUCAUGGGUCCUGGCGGCAUCGCGUACGAGGGGCUGGCGUUCGUCCUCCCGAGCGCGGCCAAGGACGGCAGCCUGUCCAUCGCCAUCUCAUUGCAGGCGGAGCACAUGGAGAAGUUCAGGAAGCUGAUCCUUGAUGUGUAGAUAGACCGCAUUUUAGAGAGAAGUUUUACAGGGCAACAAGCUUCAGGUUGUGCCGAACGUUUUUCUGGGGUAUAUAUGCCUGAAGUUUCAAAUGAACAUACACCGGAGUUUAUAUGGUGGACAGAACAUAAUCUUAUUCUUAUGUGGUAUCAAUAAUGAAUUCUGUUUUUUGUGUAUGGAGAAAUUAAAACUGAAUUGUGGA